GAAGUCAAUUGUUACUUGCUGUUCCAUUGCCUAGCAUGGCUAAAGUGUUUUCUUUGCUGCUUCAAGAAGAAAGUCAACGGCAAUUGACCAACUUCACAAGUAAUGACACACAUGCUUUGUUGGCCAAGCAUUAUACUCAGUCCAAUCAGAAUACUCAGUCCAAGUUCAUCAAAGACAAGCUGAAGAAAUCCUCACUGCAUUGUACUCACUGUGGUUAUAAUGGUCAUACAAUUGACAAGUGCUUUCAAUUGCAUGGCUAUCCUCCUGGAUGGACUGGACCUAAGGGAAAAAGAAAUCUUCCUUCUGCACAUGCAGCCAUUUCAACUGAAGAGGUCUUUAUUAAAAACAGUAAUGAGAGCCAAAGGUUUAGUCUAACUGCUGAAGAAUUCAAUAAACUCAUAGCACUUGCCAAUUCGAGUUCAAAUACUCAGAACAUUGAUACAUCCACAGCAGCAGUAAAUCUAGCCACCACUCAAUUUUCUGGACCAAUCAAUGAAGAAGAUGAUUGGGAUUGCCUAUGAGAAACAAGGCCUUUAUUACCUACCUCAAGCUUCUUCAAAAGCUAAUUCUUGUCAGCACAA